AUGUCGCGCAUGUGGGAAGUCGACCCGGAAACGAGGACAAAGCUCCUCCAAAUCUCCAAGACGAACGGAAAUGACAAGUGCUGCGAUUGCGGUGCCCCAUCGCCUCAAUGGGCCUCCCCGAAGUUCGGAACAUUCAUCUGCCUCAACUGCGCCGGCACACAUCGCGGGCUAGGCGUACACAUCUCCUUUGUCCGUUCGAUCACCAUGGAUGCCUUCAAACACUCCGAGAUCCAACGCAUGGAGCUAGGAGGCAACGAGCCCUGGAAGUCCUUCUACGACGAACACCCAGUUACCGUCUCCGAAGGCCGCACAUUCGAAGACUCGACGAUUAAGGAACGAUACGAUAGCGACGAGGGCGAGGAGUGGAAGGAGCGCUUAUCGUGCAAAGCCGACGGCCGCGAGUACGUCCAGGGCCAGGAGAAGAAGAAUAAUGCCCCCUCGCGCUCGAACACAACUUCGAAAUUGGCCGGCGCGACUGUCGCUGGUGCCGGUGCUGUGGCUGGCGGCCGGGCUGGAUCGCCUGCGGCCUCGUCCAUCCGCUCCGGUGACAGCUUGCGGGGUGUGCCAGGCAAGAAGGAGCAGAACGAGGCUUACUUUGCGAAGCUGGGGAAUGAGAAUGCUACUCGCGUCGAUAGUCUGCCGCCUUCGCAGGGUGGGAAGUUUACUGGUUUCGGGGGUGGUAUGCCUGCGCCCGCUGCGAGUGAUCGGCGCACCUCGCCAUUUGGCGGAUUCGGAGGUUGGGGUGUUGGUGGUGGUGGUGGUGGAGGUGGUCAGCCGUUCGAAGAUCUCCAGAAAGACCCGUUGGGCACGAUCACUAAAGGACUUGGGUGGUUCACGUCGACGGUUGGCAAGAGCGCAAAACAGGUUAAUGAUGCUUAUCUACAGCCCACGGCUAAACAGCUGGCCGAAUCCGAGUUCGCGGCCCAGGCCCGCCUCCAUGCUGCAACACUCGGCCAGGGCCUGCAGACAGGCGUCCGCGGCGCUGCCGACCAAUUCAAUAAGUUUGUCGAAGGAGAGGAUGGACGCGGUGACGGACGCCGUAAUCGCGUGGAGCCUGAGCGCCGAGACUUCUGGGACGACUUCGCCUCAAUGGGCGACCAAGAGACACCCAGCCAUCGCCGGAGCGCAUCACAACGGUCUCAGCGGUCUCAGCGGUCUGACGUUGUUGGUACCGCUGCCAUGCGCAAGAGCCCCACUGCCUCCUCGCUGGGUCACUCUACGCCUGGUUUGUCUGGUGAAGCCGGAGAGGGUAAGAAUACUACGGCUUCGGCGACGGGUAAGGGAAAGGAUGAAUGGGAUGACAACUGGUAG